AUGGCGCAUUCAAACGGCAAUGGAGCUCAGUCUCAUCACACCCAGGCUUUCCAUCGCACUUCCCUCUCCUUCUCACCUCCCACCUCGAAUGGAGCAGGAAGUUUCAGCGGAAUGAUGGCCGCUCAAGCAGCCCACGUUCCCAUUCCCGUACCUCAUGGAGCUGCGGGCGGACAAUCCUUCUCGCCCACCUCUGCUUCUCCUUCUCAUGGCCGCUCCAUCUCCAUUCCAGCAGGCGACCACGCCUCUAGACCCCGACUGCUCACCCCCUUCGAUCAGGGGGACAUCAAGAUUCUUCUCCUCGAGAAUAUCUCUCAAGGUGCGGUGGCUUUGCUCAGGAAUCAGGGUUACCAGGUUGAUCAUGUCACAAAAGCUUGGAGCGAGGAGGAAUUGAUCGAGAAGAUUGGGGAUUACCAUGUCAUCGGAAUAAGGAGCAAGACGAGACUUACAGCCAAGGUCUUCCGAAAGGCUGCAAAGGUGGGUAUGGUCAGCAGAAAGGCCGUGUCGAUAGCGGCAGGGAUGAAAGGGCGUCAGAGACUCACUACGCGCUUGCACCUCUUUUCAUCUCGCACAGCUGCUCUCUGUCGGAUGUUUCUGCAUCGGUACAAACCAAGUGGACUUGGAAGCAGCAGCCAAAGCAGGUGUUCCCGUCUUCAACAGCCCAUUUGCCAAUUCUCGCAGCGUGGCCGAAUUGGUGAUUGGCGAGAUGAUCUGCUUGUCUCGUCAACUUGCCGAUCGUACGCUAGAGAUGCGCGCCGGAGAGUGGAACAAAGUGUCAAAGAGCUGCUACGAAGUUCGCGGCAAGACAUUGGGCAUUGUGGGGUAUGGGCACAUUGGAAGUCAAUUGAGCGUAUUGGCGGAAAGCAUGGGCAUGAGCGUGCUCUACUAUGAUGUGGUACCGCUCAUGCCGCUCGGAACUGCAAGGCAGGUGGAUGCGAUCGAAGACCUUCUUGCCAACAGCGAUUUCGUAUCGCUGCAUGUGCCAGAGCUGCCGGAGACGAGAAACAUGAUCAGCACUGCACAGUUGGCAGCUAUGAAGAAGGGCUCUUACCUGCUCAACAAUGCGCGCGGAACCGUCGUCGAUCUUCCAGCGCUGGUGGAGAGUCUGGAAACUGGACACUUGGGAGGCGCAGCGAUCGACGUGUACCCCAAGGAACCGGCAGCAAACGGACCAAACACGUUCACAGACAACUUGAACGGCUUUGAGAGCCGAUUGAGAGCGUGCAAAAACGUUAUCCUGACGCCGCAUAUUGGAGGCAGCACGGAAGAAGCGCAAAAGAUGAUCGGUACGGAAGUGGCGACCGCAUUGAUACGCUACAUCAACUUUGGCUCGUCUACCGGAAGCGUCAAUUUCCCCGAGGUUGCUCUGAGAGCCAUUACGGAAGGAGACAAGGGAAUGACGAGAUUGUGUUAUGUGCACAACAACGUGCCGGGAAGUCUCAAGGCUGUCAAUGAGAUCUUGGCGGAUUACAAUGUUGAGAAACAGUCGAGCGAUAGCUUUAGGGACUUGGCUUACCUGCUCGCGGACGUGGCCAACCUGGACCAGGCGGAUCUGAGGGAGGUGUACGACAAGAUCACGAAGACCAAGGCCAACAUUCUGACCAGGGUGUUGUCGUAG